UCUCAUCUUGCGAGGAGGUGGUGUGAAAUUGUCUUCAGAAAAUACCUCUAAAAUACUAAAUACAUUGUCGCGAUUCCGAUUUCACCUUGCGGUAACGUUUUACUAUAUAUAUAAGUCCACAUUGCAAGGAUUUGGUAUGAUUCUGUCGGAUCUAUUGUGAGUUGUGAGGCCACUUUUUACAAAGGAGUGUACGAGCUCGAAUCCAAGAUGGCUUCCAGAAGUCCGAGGGGCUCGAAUCGCCUCAGUCAAAGCAGUUCUACGAGCGGCACAAGCUUUGAUGGAGCUGAUAGACUCUCUACAAAUACUCUCAAGAGACAUCCAAAGAUGGAACUUAACAAGAAUGACUUGCUGCGUCUUCUCAGUUACCUGGAGGGGGAAUUGCAGGCCAGAGAGGUUGUAAUAGCUACACUAAAGGCAGAGAAAGCCCGCCAGAUGUUGUACCAAGCCAAGUACGGUCGAUUCGGACUCGGUGAUCCGUUCUAUUCCCUCCAGCGUGAUUCAGAUGGCACGAGGGAAAACGGGUUUGACGAGAAUGCGGUCAGGAACAUGUACGAUAACCAGCUGGGCCAGUUGGAGAAUCUCAUCUCGAUACAGAAGAAGGCGCAGGUCAAGAUGAGAGAACAAAUGAAAAAUACUGAACACAAAUACCAUAAACUCACCUCUGAGUUAGAAGUGGAGAAGAAGAAACAUGCUCAAGAUAUGGCGCAGGGAGAUGAUGUGACGUACGCCUUGGGGAAGGAACGUGAGAGGUUAAAGAACGAGAUUGAAUUCGAGAGGAACUCGCUAAAGAAGAUGGAGAAAGAUUUGAAGAAAUCACAGGGCGCGUUAGAUGAUGAGAAAACAGCAGCAUCUAAGCAUAAAGAGGUUGCAAUCAUGUUGAUAAAGGAACGUAAACGCAUGACUGAGAGAUUCCUUGCCGAAAGGAGAAAGACGAAAAUUCUUGAACAAUUGUUGCUAGAGGAGCGGCAGAAGAUGAAAAACAUGGCGGAAGGUUUGGUUGAGGAGAGUAAGAAAUCGAUAAAAAUGGAAGCGGCAAUGGAGAAGCAGAUGUCUGACUUUGAUACCGAGCGAGAACAGUUGAAAGCUCGAUUGGGCCAUGACGAUGGCUACAGUUGUGAUUUAUCAAAUGAGGUGGAACGGUUGAAGCAACAAGUCGAAUCUCUGCAGAGACAGCUGGCAGAGAAACGAUCUGAUGGACCUCAGAGUAUUGAGAUUAAGAGUAGUGUUCAUGCACCAAAUAAACCUGUUGUGAACAAUGCCGAGCCUUCUUUGUGCCCGAGUCCACCACUAGGUAUGCAAGCACUUCAGGCAGUACCCAAACAAGUCAAAGUUUACAAAACUACACCUCCUAAUACUCCACCCGAGGUCAGGCGGGUACAGGUUGACACUGGCUCUUUGGAACGUGAUGGUAAACCGGAUUCUAAUGUUAAACGUGCAAUGUAUCAACUACAGACUAAACCAGAAAAGCCAGAGAAGCCUGAAAAUCUGAAAAUUGACCGCCCGAACACUCCGCAUGAAGUUGUGCUUGCUCCUGGUGCCAGGGUCAAUGUUAAUACAGCCCAGGGUUCUGGCACGACUGUGUUCACAACACCGUCUGGUGGCAAAAUUUCAUUUACAGUCGGUGGUGGUCAGCCUCGCAAGGUCAGUCCGGCUGGUCGUGGCACUCCACCACCGGUGCCGCCGAACAAACCAGUCUUUCAUCCAGUAGCCGGCGGGAAGAAAGAAGCAAUUGUGGCACGUUAUGGACCUCCAAGUGUGAGUGCUCAAAAUUCGAUGGGGACACCCAUUGAGGUUAAGAGAGGAACUUCUGCUAGUACUCCGCAUAAGUAUGGUAUGCGUGUUGGAGGGAAUACUUUACAACUUUCUAGUCCAGAGAGUCCGAACGAUCAUUCGAAACCUUUAGGCAUGAGUCCGUCGGCCAGUCCAACCCCUGGAGAUGGAACCGUGCGGAAAGUCUCUCAGUUUGACUCUCCCGAUAGCUUGCCUCUGUCUGAUCUAGCCGAGACUGACGGUGGUGAACCGUUAACCCCCGACGAUCUGAAGCAACUCAUCCUCUCUAUCACAUCAGGUCCGAGUAGUCCACUUGCCAUAGAUACCCCCACCCCGCUGUCCCCAAAAGAUGUCCACUCCUCUCCUCUCCACAACCUAGCUGCUUUUGGUAAUGCCAGGGAUCUUCACCAGGUGCUUUUAGACCAGGAUUGUCGUGUUAAUACUCCCCUCAAAGAUGGAACCACUGCUGUUCACAUUGCGGCCGAAGCAGGCCAUUUUGACUGUUUAAAACUCCUCCUAGAAUUUGGCGGAAAUAUCAAUAACCGUCGUGAUGACAAGUUCACACCACUCCAUGCCGCUGCUUCAGAAGGUCACAGUGAAUGUCUACGAUUACUCCUCGAACAUGGCGCUCAUGUGAACAAGACUGACCAAUCAGGACGGAGCCCUUUGUACUGGUCGGCGCGCCAGGGCCACGAGGAAUGCUGCCAACUGUUACUGGAAUAUGGCGCAAGGCUAGAUAUUGUCAACUUUGCUGGUUGGAGUCCUAUUCAUGCUGCGAUAAAUGGGGGCCAUGUUCCUUGCUUAGACCAGUUGCUGGGAUACAUAAUCCACACCACCCAAUCAGCAAUCUCGUUAGAUAACCGUCCCAGCCAAUUAGAUCUGUUGUUACAUGAUGUGUUUAGUAGUUCUGAUAAGGACGGGAUGACUGUUGCACAUCUUGCUGCCAUGAGAAAAACAACGGAAUGUUUAGAAGCUGUCUUACAUUACUACCAGGUUGACUUGAAGAAGAAGGACAAAUAUGGAAGAAGUGUCUAUGAUAUUGCCUCUGUGGCCUGUAAGGAGUUCUUGGAUAGAAUUGAUUUGACGCACGAGAAGCUCUGCCUUGUUUGCAUAUCAUUAGAAGAAUCUGUCCAAGCCUACAACGUCCAACCCGUUUACAACAUUGGGGCUUUAUCAAUCACACCUCACACUCCCUGGUGCACACUCGAGGAACAACUCAACGAACUUUUCACUAGUCACCUAACUGCUGUAGCCAAUGGGCUGCAAGGAGCCAUGAGUCUUAACUAUAAGCCCAGGACACCUGAUUCGCCAACGAUACCAGCGACGCCAAUGUUUGGCGUCAAUAUGUUUGGGCUGAGUCUAGAGAGUAUUAGCAGUUUCUCGAUAGGUAAAUACAGCUGGUCUCCUGGUGCAGAAUCCGAAUCCCUUCCAUAUGAAACAUUCUGCAAUAAUGAAACAAGGUGCAUCCACGUCGGCCUCCAUGGUGUGAAUGACGGCAGCCAAGACUCCCUGGCCUAUGAGAUGCUCACCCCUACCUGUAUCCUCCAGAACUAUCUUAGGCUGGUUGAACAGUACAGAAGUGUUGUCUUCUAUGGACCAUCAGGUGCUGGCAAGAGUUAUGUAGCACGGAGAAUAGCUGAUUGUAUGAAGGCCAAAGAGGAACAAAACGGGAACCAAUGUUCUAUCCGUGUGAUAUCACUCGACCCUACCAUGACAAGGUCCGACUUCUCAAUGUCACUCAUCAAGGAAGGGAUAUUCCAACACGAAUCUAUCCAAGAAUCAUCGAAAUAUGCACGAAUCCUCGUCCUUGACGAUCUAAAUAAAAUCGCCAUCUCGGAUGUCAUGAUAGAUCUACUUACAAUCAUUGAUAAUAGAGGGAGCAAGUGUACAUUCUGCUUGAAAUCAGGAGGACAUGCUGCUGAAGGCUACUACUACCUUCCCCAGAACUGCUUCAUCAUCGGGACAAUGGACAGGACACGCUCCACUGGCCUUGACCUCUCAAUACAGCAACGCUUCCGUUGGGUUCAUUGCCGCCUCGAUAGUGAACCGGUCAAUAAUCUCCUGUCCCGUUACCUCUGCCGUCAAGUUCUCCACUGUCAUGGCGGCUGUCUGCCGUCGCCGGAUAAUCCAGUUCAUAAAGCCGUAGAGUGGGUAGCGCUGAUGUGGUUGAAGCUGAAUGAUGCACUUGGGAAGUUGGAGCUGCCGGAGGUCGCAUUUGGUCCGAGUCUGUUCUUGUCUUGUCCUGUGGAGGUGAAUAAACCAAAGACUAUUCUGAAGUGGUUGCACAAGCUUUGGAACACCGCGAUAGCUCCAGUGGUAACAGAGGCAGUCAUGAAAAGUAACAAUGCAGAUAGUGAUGAGUUCUCCCAACAGAAAGUGGCCAACACAGCUCUCUAUGUUAUCCUCCAAAGGGCGAUAGUCCCAGGGUGUCCUUUGACCAGGCAAGAGAAAGACCGCUACCUCUCUGGGUUCCAUGGUGUAAAUGAGUUAGACGUUCAAGUCAAGCCAAGCCAAGGCAAGAUCCAGUCGACGCAGAGUGCACCUACUUCCCCUGUCAAACAUUCCCCGAUUGCAGAAAGGCGGCUGUGUAAGACUUGGACACGUUCGAAAUCGGCGGAUCGUACAUUCGUUUUGAGGUUGCCGCAGAAAGAUCACCUUCAGAUUGACGCAAUGGCGCAAAUGUGGGAUGACUCGCCAAAUCCUGCCAAACCAAAACAAACGUACAACGCGUCAAAAGACCCCGAACUUUUUGAUGGAGGAUCAGAAUCUCAAGAAAAGGCCAAUGAUAUCAAUUCCCUGAAAUUCAAAAGAAGUAAUACUUCGACAUUACCUGUGUAUGUUGAAAGAUCAUGGCAGAAUUUGAAGUUUGAUUUCAAAAUUGGAGAUGGCAGCACUGUUGAUGAUAAUGUCUCCGGCGUGUUGACGAAAGACAGUAAUUCGAAUGAGAAUGAGUUCGGGGAAGUAACAAAAGGUGGCAGUAGUGCGACGUCUGAGCGUGUUUCUGAUAAUCUUGAUUUGUUUGUGAGACCAGUGUUGGAUGUUGGUAAACAAGCAAACAAAGUCUCAAGCAGAUCAGAUAGUUUAGAGAUGAGACAGAAUAGACAAAAUAAUGAACUAUCAGUCAACUCUGAAAGUGGGGGUGCGCGCUUCAGCCUCUGGGACUUGCAUAAUACCAGUCAAAAUAUAAAUGCUCUUUCUGGAAAGACGUCUCCAAAAUUAAGUGGUGUGCCUGGGGCUAUGAAAAGUCAAAUCCCCAAACUCCGGCCAGUGCCAAGUGGACCACAGAAUGGCCCAGUGUCUGUUCCAACUGUUGUUGUAACCGACAUGAGUCGUGACAAUAGUGUUAAUAUUACUCGAGAGGUGACAAGGUCGCCCUCACCUGGCUCUUCUCCGAGUAAAUGCUCAAGGAGAUGGGCAGGGCCGUUUGGUGGGUCAGGUAAGGUGAAAGCGCGACCUCCUGUACCAAAGCGGACUUCAUCCGUCAAACGUACGACUUCUAAUCAUUCAUGACAAGAAAUUGAGGGUAUCUUAUUCUAAUGCGAAUACUAACAGGGUUUGUGCAAUAAAGGAGAGAUUUUGUCUUGUCAAUUUCAAGUGAUUGUGAGCAAACAAUCAGACAGAUUUAGUUCACUCUUAGAUUUAGUUCAAUAUUUCACCAGGUUUUGUCAAAAAAGUCUGGGGUGAGUGUACUCAAAUCCAUCAAUCAUUAAAAAUCUGAAUUUGAAAUGUUUAUGAGUCAGGUUAAAAUCAUGGUGCAACAGCUGCGUGGAAGGUAUGGUCCAGUGAGUCUGAAAAAUACUUCGAUAUCUCCAAUAAUAAAUUAAUUAGUCAUUUCAGUGUCUUAAAGAAUAGGUUAGUCACCAAGUUGAUAUCCAAACUUAAGAUUUGAAAAAUUCCAAAGGAAACAUCCAGGACUUGAACUUGAUUUAAGAGUGGAAAACCAACCUUAAUCCAAUUCAAAUUUCAUUCGGAGCUGAGUCUGCUUGAAUCGUGUGUGCAUUGAUUCAUAUCUUUCAGUGUAUAAUGCACACAAUUCAGCUGAAUUGGAAAACACAUAUUCGACACAGCAUUCACUCUCUGAAGGAAAGUCACCUGGUUUUCUUGUCUGCCUAAUUAGUUUCACGGAAUUUCCUCGCAUUGCAACUAAUUACAGCUAAAGUACAGGUGUAAAACAGUUAACUACUUAGCCUACUGAGGCACUUGGGGGCUUAGCUUUUUAGGACCAAAUACAUUUGGCUAAGGUGUAGGUGUUUUUUUACUCUCUCUUGCAUUACUGGAACCACAUUUUAGGGGUGUUAAGAUGAUCUUUUUUCUAAGAACUAUUUUAAUUCUAAGGUGGUGGAUUUGAAUAAUGUAGCCAAAACAUUCAAUGCAAUGGCAAAAAAACAACAUUUCUGUUCUAACAGGCACCUUAAAUUUGCUUACCAGUACCACAGCUUACCACAUUGAUGUUAAGGGAAUAGUGAAGCCAGAGCUGUGGGUUGCUGAAUGUUGAAAAUCCUUUUAAGAUACGAUUCUGACACAGAGCAUAGUUGAUAAUCAUCGAUAUCAAACUUUUGAAGCCAAUCCAUGGGGAAAUUAAUUGACUCCAUGUUUUUCAUCAGAAUCAGAUUGGCUCCCAUCUUCUGAGCAAGAUAGCACUUGGCGAAGAACACCUGUGCCUGGGCUAUUUCAACAUCAAUGCAUUGUGGAGUUGAUUCUCUGGUAAUGGUCACCUAGGCCAGGAGGAAUUGUCUGUAUUAAGGGGAGAAUAUAGGUAAGGCUUUUGCUGGCCCAGAAUGUGGCUGCCAUAUUCUGAGCAGAUAACACUUGGUGAAGGCCGCCUGUACAUGUUUUUACCAUCAGUGCUUGUGGGCCAGUUUUUUGUUGGCUGGCAAAAUUGAGGUAUAGUGCAAUUUAUUUGGAUACACCCUGUACUUUAGAAUUUGUCUUCUACCAUGUAGAGGCAAACUUAUUCCCAAGAUGCAAGAUAUUGAAGAUACUUUAAUGCAUUUUUAACGGCACCUAAUAUAUGUGGAGGGGUAAAGUGUGGACAUGAUGUUGCUAAAUGUUAUAAAUUAAUUUGUAACCAUUUGUAUGAUAUGCUUUUACAAGUUGUACAAUGAAAUAAAAUGUGGAUAGUUACUUUGAAA